GAUCUCUUACCUGCUGCUAUUUCACAAUCGAUAAUCAGCAGCAGGAAUGGCUACUUUAGCAGCUCGUCAAACAGUUGCUCUCUCCCGACUUUCCUCUUCCAGGACAUCCGUUCAAGCCGCUUCCCUCGUCCACCGCCGUGGCCUUGCCGGUGCUGCUGAUCACCAUGGACCUCCAAAGGUUAACUGUUGGCAAGACCCUAUGAGUCCAUCUAAAUGGAAGGAAGAGCAUUUUGUAAUAGUCUCCUUAUCCGGUUGGGGUCUACUCUUCUUUGGUGGAUACAAGUUAUUUACUGGAGGCAAAGGCAAGAACCAAGAGAAAUUGGUAGAAGCUGCACACUGAGGUUUGGAGCUUUGAGUCAUCCAUCAGCAUCCGCGCUAAUAAUAUGUUUGGUUGGAAUUUCAUCUUCAUUGUCUGCAGAUUACUCUGCUAACCAGUUUGUGAUUUAUUUUAUUGAAAAUUGAUAGAUGAGUAAACUUAAAGACUACAUUACUUUGAUUGUUUGAUCCUUUACCUUUUACUUACUCUGAUUGUCUAUAUCAGAUGGUGCACAUCAAUUGUGAAGCAAUAUCCAUUUACUCUACUCAUUGCCUAUUUUCA